AUGGUCCAAUUUGGCGCCCAUACUGUCGCCCUUGCGGCAGCUCUGCUUCCGAAUAUUGUCUCGGCCCUUGGUCUCCACGAGGCUGCCCUUGCCGCCGGCCUCGAAUACUUUGGCUCGGCGACAGACAAUGGAGAGCUGUCCGACAUCCCAUACCUGACUCAGCUCAGUAACACGGAGGACUUUGGUCAGAUUACCCCCGGUAAUUCGCAAAAGUGGGAUAGCACCGAACCCUCCCAGGGGACAUUUAGUUUUACUCGCGGGGAUGUGAUCGCCGAUCUGGCCGAGGAUAAUGGUCAGCUGCUGCGUUGCCAUACACUUGUCUGGCAUCAGCAGCUUCCUAGCUGGGUGACCAGUGGCAGCUGGACAAAUGCGACUCUGACCGCGGCCCUGCGCAACCACAUCACCAAUGUCGUCACCCAUUAUCGGGGAAGAUGUGUCCACUGGGAUGUUGUGAAUGAGGGUCUGUCUGUCUUUUGCCCCUUGCAUUUGUUUUAUCCAGGCCUCUCCCUCCUCUACCAUGGUGCACACAAUUCUGACGCUGGUCCAGCCCUCAAUGAAGAUGGCACCUACCGCACAAAUAUCUUCUACACAACCAUUGGCGAAGCCUACCUCCCCAUCGCCUUCGCCGCCGCAGCCGCCGCAGAUCCCUCCGUAAAGCUCUACUACAACGACUACAACCUCGAAUACGGCGGCAACAAAGCGGCCGGUGCCCGGCGCAUCGUCCAGCUAAUCCAGAACGCAGGCGUCAAAAUCGACGGCGUCGGCCUCCAAGCGCACUUUGGGGUUGGAACGCUCCCGAGCAGAAGCUCGCUUGUUAGUGUUCUGAACUCGUUUAUUGCGCUCGGUGUCGAGGUCGCCUACACAGAGGCCGACGUGCGGAUCCAGCUCCCGACAACAGCGACUACUCUCGCGCAGCAGGCGACCGAUUUCCGGAACCUGGUCGGGUCCUGCGUGGAUACGGUCCCCGGGUGCGUCGGGUUUACCAUUUGGGACUGGACGGAUAAGUAUAGUUGGGUUCCGAGUGUCUUUGACGGGUACGGGGCUGCGCUGCCGUGGGAUGAGAAUUUCGUCAAGAAGCCUGCGUAUGAUGGACUGUUGGCUGGGUUGGGCGUUACUGUUACCACUACUACUACGAGUACUACUACCGCGACGAGCACGACGUCCAGUGCCACGACUACGAGUACGGGGACUGCGCAGCGGUGGGAGCAGUGUGGUGGGAAUAACUGGAAUGGACCGACUGUGUGUGCGAGUCCGUGGACUUGUACUUUUGUUAAUGCUUGGUACUCGCAGUGUUUGUGA